AUGAUCGAGGCUUGGCACACGGGGACAGCGCCCAUCAACCGUUGUGUGGAGCCUCCUGCGGCCUAUGAAGCCCUUCGGGAGCUGCUCAAUGAACAAAAGAGCAAACGCGAACCCAGGCUAAACAUUAAUACAAACAUGGGCGAGUCCAUGGCAGACACACACUUAGCCGGCCCUCAACCCGGUCCCGACGAGGGCACAGUCGUCACUACAGCCGUAUCAUCCACUAGGCCAACAGACGAGAAAGCAGACAGUCGUGACAGUGUAAACACGAUUACCAGCGUAGGACGAGAGCUAAGGUCAAUGAAGGUACGAACGACAAUCCCCGACGUAGACUGA